AUGAUUAAGGCAGCCAUCGACUGUCAGAAUGACUGUCAGUGGUUAUCAAAACUGCUAACAGUGCAGUUGCAGGUGACUGUCAGAGCCGCUAGCAAUGCGACUGCUGAUGGCUCUGGCAGUGCAGCUGCAACAAGUAAAAAGCAAUUUGUUCAUAGGGGCAAAACCUCUUAUACCAUGGAGAACCUGAUGCAUCUUUCCCUACGUCUUUGGUGCUUCUUUCAUUGGUUUUGGCUGGGAGUUAAGUCAUCAAAUGGUGGGCAUAUAGGGAAUAAAAUUUCAGAAAAGAAGAUGUUGAUACAUGUUGGAGUGGUUCUAGUGUUGGAGUCACCAAUUGGUUCUGUAGCAAAUGCAUGCAUCUCCAUGGCAAUCUCAGAUUUCUAUGCUACACAUUCCAACUACAGUUCUAGAUUGUUUCUCCACACCAGGAACUCGGUUGAUGUUGUUGGUGCUGCUCUUGCAACUCUAGACUUGAUUAACAAUGAUGAAGUAAACGCUAUUAUGGGGCCUCAAAAAUCAAUGCAAGCCAAGUUUGUGAUCGGUGUUGGAGGAAAAGCUCAAGUUCCCGUUAUAUCCUUUUCAGCUGGAAGUCCCUCUCUCUCUACAACCCAAAACCCUUUCUUUAUCCGGACAGCCCACAAUGACAACUCUCAGGUUCAAGCCAUCACAUCCAUUGUUAAAGCCUAUGGAUGGCACCAAGUAGUUCUCGUAUAUGAAGACACCGAAUAUGGCGGCGGCUUACUUCCCUACUUAUCCGAUGCAUUUCAACAAUUUGACAUUCGAAUAACUUAUAGGUGUUCCAUCUCCCGAACUUCUAGUGGAUUCAGGAUUUUGGAAAAGCUCAAUAAGUUAAUGGCGCAGCAAACCAGAGUAUUCUUGGUGCAUAUAACUCAUUCCUUAGGGUCUAGACUCUUUUUACUUGCAAAACAAGCCGGUAUGAUGAGUGAAGGAUAUGCAUGGAUCAUCACUUAUGGACUAGCAAGUUUGUUGGAUUCUAUGGGAUCAGAGGUCACUGAUUCAAUGAAAGGUGUACUGGGUAUCAGGCCAUACAUACCGAAAUUGAAAAGGCUUGAAAAUUUUAAGAAGAAAUGGAAAAGUGAAUUUGACUCUAAUGCUACUGAAUUAAACAUUUUUGGUUUAUGGGCAUAUGAUACUGUUUGGGCAUUAGCUAUGGCUGUUGAAAUGGUUGGAAAGGAAAGCCCCAAUGCUUUCAAGCGAAAUUCUAGCAGAAAUAAGAGUCAGGUUUCAGGUAUAAGAGUGUCAGAAAUAGGCCCAAGGCUUCAGAACGACAUGUUGAAUGUCAGAUUUAAAGGCCUCAGCGGAAAUUUCCAUUUGGUUAAAGGAGAGUUGCAGUCUUCAGCUUUUGAAAUUAUCAAUGUGGUAGGCAAAGAAGGAAUAGUCAUUGGUUACUGGACUCCUGAGAAAGGAUUAUCUGGCAAACUAGGCUAUUCUGGUGAUGUAGUAGAAUAUUCAACUUCCCUGGAUGAACUCAAACCACCUAUCUGGCCUGGAGACUCCAAAACUAUACCGAAGGGUUGGGCUAUACCAGUAGAGGGUAAGAAGUUGAUGACUGGAGUGCCAGUGAAAUUGGGCUUCGAUGAAUAUUUAAAAGUGGAGUUGCAUCCUUAUACCAAUGAGCCGAUCGUUUCAGGGUUCUCCUAUGAUGUUUUCCUGGCUGCAUUGGAGGCAUUGCCCUUCGCAGUUAAACAUAAACCAAUUCCCUUCAUAAUUAAUGGUUCAGCGACAUACGACGACUUACUUCAUCAGAUCAAAGUUCAGAAAUUUGAUCCUGCCGUAGGAGAUAUAACAAUUCUUGCAGAUCGGUCGGUGAAUGUUGAUUUUACAUUACCUUACCUGCAAUCACAUGUGUCAAUGCCACUAAGUUGGGAUCUUUGGCUAACAAAUGGAGCAACCUUCACCUUUACAGGUCUAGUAGUCUGGAUUCUGGAGCACCGUAUAAACACGGAGUUCAGAGGUCCCCCAGAGCAACAACUAGGCACAAUUUUUUGGUUCUCCUUCUCAAUCCUUGUGUUUGCUCACAGGGAAAAGGUUAUGAACAACUUAUCAAGAUUUGUGCUGAUUAUAUGGAUCUUUGUGGUGCUUAUCCUCACUCAAAGUUACACCGCAAGUUUAGCCUCAAUGUUAGCAGUGCAGCGGUUGCAGCCAGCAGUAGUAGACAUUAAAGAGCUCAAAAAAAAUGGUGAUUAUGUAGGAUAUGAAGCAGGUUCCUUUGUGAAAGACCUUUUGGUGAACAAGUUGCAGUUCGACGAGUCCAGGCUGAAGCCGUAUAGCACUCCAGAGGAGUUUGAUGAAGCAUUGUCAAAGGGAAGCAAAAGGGGUGGUGUUGAUGCAAUCUUUGGUGCACAACACUGCAUAGAGCUUUUUCUUGCCAAAUUCUGUGACAAAUAUAUGACAGCUGGGCCAAACUUCAAAACUGAUGGGCUUGGCUUUGCCUUCCCACGAGGAUCACCGCUAGUUCCAUACAUGUCCAGGGCAAUCUUGAACGUCACUGAAAAUAAAACAGCAAUGGAAGCUCUUGAGAACAAAUAUUUUAAGCAAAAUGUGGCCUGUCAAGAAUGUCAAAGUCAACGAAUUGCUUCUGAUAGUCUCAGUGUCUACAGCUUUGGAGGCCUCUUCAUUAUUACAGUAAUUGCUUCACUGUCCGCACUCCUCAUAUACAUGUCCAAGUUCCUAUACUCGCACUGGCCUGAGUUGGGCACCUUUCAUGCCAAAAGAUCAACAUGGUCGAAACUUACUGAACUGGCAAGGCUUUUUGAUCGAAAGGUUGUAGCUUCAAAUCCUUUUGAGAGGAAUGAAUCUAGAGCACAUCAUCUAGUCAAUCCCCAAGGUGUUGAAGCUCCAUAUGAUUUUCACAGUAGUCAGAACAGCUCGAUGACAUCUGAAGGUGUUGAGAUGGUUGUUAGAAAUGAUGGAAAUCCUUUCUUCAGGGAAUGGUAG